UAGGCGUCAGACGAUAUAUACCUUAUUACCAGAUGAAUAUAACCACAAUAGAAGCAUUAUACCUGACUAUUAUCGGUGUAGAAGCUUUAAUUACACUGCUCAUUGCAUGGAAAAUCUUCCUUCAUGCGUUGUGAAUGCAAUGACAAAAAUGGGAAGAAUGCCACUUCAUUGGAAUUCAUUUUGUUAUUUACUGUCAACGAUGAUAAUGCUUGCUAUACACUUUUGGCUUAAUUUAGAUGUUGGCAAGCACUUGCGUCCCCAAGGAAUUCAAUGGACAAACCCUUAUAUUAUUAUAGCCCUGAUUUCUCUUUGUGGUUCCUUGGGCUGUCUUAUUGCUCAAAUAGUCAUUCUGUUGAUCAGACAUGCUGAUUUUCCUUUUCGUCCUCUGUUUAUUACGGGUGUAUGCGUGGCCAUUGCCUGUGAUAGUGGCAUAUAUAUCUAUUCGUUUUCUACACUUAUUCAGUUCAGAAGUCAAAGACGACACAAAGGACAGUCAAGAACAACUUCUUUAGGUGUCUGGUUUUUGGUGAUCCAGAUGAUUUGGUAUGGAUUAUUUGGCGCACUUUAUAUUUGGUUCUUUUGCCAAGACUGGUACUUGUUUGAUGUACAUCUUGUUUUUGAUUACCUGAUGCGAUUUAUUCUAUGCCUCAUGUUUACUUGGCCACCACCCAAUUGUGCUAUUGAAUUCAUGGCAGAGCGACUCUUCUCAAGCUUAUCACACGAAAGCAGUAAUGGAAAAGACAACACUAUCAAGAUAUCGACUUUCUCGAAAAGUAAAAGCAACACAAUACCUUUUGGAUAUCGACAACAGAAAGAUACUAUUGAGAAAUAUCAUGGCAACAAUGAAGACAUUGAAGAGUGUCGUCCUGACAUUUUCUUUUCAAGUGAUGUUGCUAUUAUACCAAACAAAUCUUAAAGCCAUAUUGUAUUUAAAGUCAGUCGUUGAUUCCAAGCCCAAUGUAUAAAAAUAAAAACUAUAUAAACCUGUUACUAUUCCUUU